GAGACCUUUGAGUUCCUGAACAUGCUGCAGGUGCACGGCUUCCCUAAGGUCAUGGGCGUGCUGACGCACCUGGACGGAUUCAGAGACCCGCGCAAGCUCAAGAAGACCAAGAAGACGCUCAAGCACCGCUUCUGGACCGAGAUCUACGAUGGGGCGAAGUUGUUUUACCUCUCGGGUCUCAUCCACGGCAGGUGGGUAACGGGUUUCCCUGGUCUCUGA